CGACGAAAAAAAUAGGAUAUAUGUUGAAAAUUUUCUCAUUGACGUCCAGUGCUACCAACCAAAUAGUCUGAAAAAAACACCGCAUAGCCAAGAAUUAUCAAUUUUUAUAUUCCUCUGUCAAGAUGGGCCCUAGUUUAAGUAAUAUUCCAGUGGGGAAGUAAUUGGAUGCAAUGGAGGCAUAAAACACAAUGAUCUUCACUCUGUGGUAUGCCUACGCCACCAUAAUGCAGUGGUGGCGUCUCCGAACUCUCCUGAACAAACUCAACGGGACAUUGAACGACCAAAAUGCCCUCCUCGUCUGUUCCGGUCAUUCGGUCCACGAUAGCAGAAAACAGCGAAGUUUGGAGAAUUUACUUUUCUGUACAGAGACCCGAAUCGCAUGCACAGUCGUGCCUAAGCAAAAACUAAAUUUAAGUCAAUGGAUUGCAUUUCCGAGAAAUCUAAGAUACUUCCCGAUUUAUAUCGACGACAAUAAAAUACCGAUUCGUGGUCGGGAAAUUUUUAUUCUCCUUCAAGCCGUUUUAGAUAACUAUGUUAAACAUCAGAGUGAGAUUAUUCAAGUGGAAAAUUUUGGAGAAUUGGUGGGCUGGAAAGCGAGUGAUUCGUUCGAGGUUGUGGUUAAGACAGAUUUGGAGCAUUUGACUAAAUUGGUGAAUCAAUUUAGUCAAAAUAAUCUUGAUAUUAACCACGAAUUGAAGUUACUUAAACUUGAAACCGUGGAUGUUGAAAAUGCCCCAACUGUCAUUAAAUACGAGAAAAAAUACCUCAAAGAACAAACCGUGAAGUAUUCUUAUGCCCCAGUCCAUUGGAACAAAUUCGUGCAAGAAGUCAAAGACUUGUACUCGAAAAUACGAGACAUUACAACUCCUAAAAUUAAAAUUGAAAAUGGUUCCCCUCAGUGCCUCGAAUCUGCAAAACCCAUCAAAAAGGAACCAAAAAAGAACGCCGAAGAGAGAAAAACCCUCACCACUCUUGAUGUGUCCACCGGAGCCGAACAUCGUCGUCACAAAAAACCACGAGAAGGGCCCUCGAAAUCAUCAAAACCGAAACCCAAAGAGAAACAACACAAACAUAAAAGAACCGUAAAUAAGUUGGUUAAACAGAGUUCGGUUAAGGAGAACGACGAAGUGAAGAGUGACGUUAAAGAUAAAGUAUUGAAGAGUGUGACAAUGGCCCCAAAACCUCCCAAUGUCUUAGUCUACGCUGAUAGUUUAGUGACGAAAGAUAACGUAAAGAGAGUCUUAUUUUCGAUUUUGAAUAAGGAGAAAUACACCAUUUACGACCUUCCAACUUCUUCGAAACACACCGGGUGGGACAAAUCCACUGUUCUUGUCGUGGUUUGUGGUAGUGUCCCUCCUGAUCUCACUUCCAAUCUCAUCCAGUAUCUCCUCACUGGUGGCCAACUCCUUUCUAUUUGCAGCGACCUCAUGUACAGCAUACUUUACACUUUUACUACGGCGGAAGUACGCGAACACGAAUUGGUUCGGUUUUCGUACGGCCAAUGGCAACAUGUUAAAAUGAUGCAUCAUAUUUUUUGCUACCAAGCCUCACCGGCAAAAAAACAAUUUAGUAAAGAUUCCGAUCAUUCGAGUAAUGGUUCGAGUCCGUUGGCACCUCGGACGCCCUCUAACGUCGAGAUGCGACACAACGAGAAGGAUUACAACAUACAAGUGCAGGUGUUAGGGACUGAAGAGACGUGGCAUACACCUAGUUUGCUAUUGGCUAAAGUGAAAAACUCCCAAGGACGAGCGGUUUUCUCUCAAGUGCAUCUUGAAAUCGAUCCAGAUGUGUACGAGAAUGAUGAGGAGAAGUUUCAGUCUUUGUUGAGUAGUAAUGAAGCGAGAUUGGAGAUUUUAAAAGAUAUACUUUCGAGUCAUUUGGAUUUGACUUGUGAUGACAGUUUUGGGACAAUUGAAUACAGUCAAGGGUAUUUUCUUGGCUGUUAUGAUGCGAAAGUCAACAUGAUGACCGAUUGUGACUCUAUAACCAAUAAUCAAUUAACUUGUGAUAAAAUCAGUGUUGUUUUUUGUGGUCACAAUGUGGAUCCUGGAAUCGCCUCGAAUAUUCGACUUCCGGUCAUGAUCCACUCUUGUCCCUCAAAUUUCUCCACUCUGGAUUAUUUUGACACUUUGAAUACGGAAGAUAUUGGCCGGUUGGUCAUUUAUGCUGAUAUUUUGACAAGUACUCAGCACCUACUUUGCAAAAAAUUGCGACAUGGACUUGUGGUUAUAGCCCGGCAACAAACCAAUGGUAUAGGCCGAUCGAAUAAUUCCUGGUUGAGUCCAUUAGGUUGUGCGGCGUUUUCCCUUCAAAUGCACAUUCCAUUAGACAGUAAUUUGGGACAGUCACUUCCAUUGAUCCAACAUUUAGUCAUGGUAGCUAUCAUAUCGUCGAUAAAAAAUACACAAGGAUUAGAUCGUCUUAAUAUUGGUAUUAAAUGGCCUAAUGAUCUCUAUGCCGAAGCUGAGAUUAAAAUCGGAGGACUUGUAGUGACCUCUACUAUAUUAUCUAAUGUUGCCAUCGUAAAUAUAGGUUGUGGUGUAAAUUUAUCAAACCAAAACCCCACAAUUUGUAUAAACGAUCUCAUAGAAAAAUUUAAUAAGGAAAAUGACACGUCGAUAAAACCGAUACCAUACGAAAAAUACUUCGCAGCUGUGUUCAAUGAAAUAGAAAGGUUGUAUCUUGAUGUUCAGAAAAAUGGAUUUGAACCGUUUUUCGACCUCUAUUACCAGUACUGGUUGCAUAGUGAUGUCGAGGUUACGAUACAGUCGGAAAAGGGCGACUCCACACGAGCCAAAAUCUUAGGGAUCGAUAAAUACGGUUUUCUCUCUGUCCGAUUGGUCGAUGGUACAAUGACGUCAGUGCAACCCGAUGGUAAUUCCUUCGAUAUGAUGAGCGGCUUGAUAGCGCCAAAGAAAUUUUAAAUCUGUUUUUAAGUGUUUUUUCUAUUUUUUUAGUACCUAUAUUUGGUCUUUUUGAUCUUUGUUGUUGUCUCUGGGUGUAUGCAAAUGAUAAAUAUAAAAUGUUGACGAAA